AUGUUGCUUCCGUUUCUCCAGGUAUUUCAAACAUGGUACUACGGGGUGUGGCCCGUGGUAUCUGUGGCUCACUUGGUCGCUGAGCUAACAAAGACAACCCAAAUAGAUUCGACUAAGAUUGUGCUUACUCAAAGUAACAUUCCAGCAUACGCUUUAAGUUGUGCCAUUGCUGCAGCUAUCGAUUCCCAAGUGACCUUUCUUACCACCAAGGCAGAGCUCUUGAAUUUACCUACUGAGAUUACCGGAAGCCAAUUUGCUGAAGAAUGUGUUAGGUCCAGGUCCAUGACGGAGUUUAGAGAACGUCCUAGUGCGGAGGCCCUCUUGACUUCCUUCUUUUUGUAUGCUCAUUAUGUGAACAUAAAGCUGGGGCUUCUUACUUCAAUGGUUUACUUACGGGAAGCCAUAACUAUGGCACAAAUCAUGGGUCUACAUAAUCCUGAAACCUACGACGAUUUACCAACGGCAGAGGGCCACCGAUUACGAAAGAUCUACUAUAUGCUUUUGGUUACUGAAAGGUUCAUGUGUAUUUCAGAUAAUUUGCCCGUGAUCUUGGACGUAGCAAUCCCGUACCCGGAGUUGGAAGACGAAGAAUAUUCUGCCUUACUUCGAGGGUUCUCGGAGUUGGUGAAGGUGUUUGCGAUUCCCGAUAAACGGUUUUUUGAUAAGAUGAUUACUUCUAAAUCCUUGGCCAAUAGUUCCAUGUCUUCGAUCAUCUCUGCUGCCAGUUCUGAUGGUGGGCCGUCUGGACCUAAUUGGAUCCAAAGAGUUCAAGACCAACUCACAAACAUUCUGGUGACCUCUCAAACUCCUGAAAUCCAAAAACUUAACAUCUUACUAAGUAAAUAUUGGAUGAUGUGUUUGGCAUGGCACGUGACCCGACGCUGUGGACUUUUGGUGGGUGAUGAAAACGACAAUAACUGUUUUAGCAUCAUGUACCCCAUCAAGAUCGCACGUGACUUCAUCGAAGAAACGUCUUCGUUAACGAUAUUUGCAUUUGAAAGCAAUGGACCCGGAGUUUGUAUUAAGCUCUUGGAGAUUGCGCUGGGUCUUAUGGACUCAUUAACCACGACCAUGAGUUCCGAGGGGUUCGCCUCGUUAUAUAAAGUGUUCAUGUUGGUGCACAAAUUAAAGAACGAUAUUACCUUACCAGUGAAGUUAUAUCAAAGAGUCGAGAAGGUGAUCCAGAACCAAGUGCUGCCAACCAGAGGCUAUAUAAGCGAGCUAACGGAAGAAGAAAUCCAGACAACAACAGAGAAGAGGCAACAACAAGAACAGAUUAUGGACUCUCAUCAACCACCACCACCACCAGCCACUAAUUAUAGCUUAUUCUCUUUUGAAAAUCAAGUUGUAGAGCAGCAACAGCAACAGCAGUCAAAUGCUCAAUACUUUCAACCGGAAGUGGACCAAAAUAGUAUUCAACAGUUUCAUGGUUCAAAACUGAUACUUUCUCCGUUUACUUUAUUCCAACAGUUCAGUGAACAACAACUUCUUCAGACUCCUGGUGCCUCGGCAAUACCAGAACAGCAACGCUACACUUCUGCUGUUUCGAAUGAUCCCAACAUGGAUAUGGGCAACCCAUUAUUUCAAGUGGCUUCCGCAUAUUCUUAUCCUCCCAGCUGCGAUGAAAAAGGCAACCCACUUCCGAGGGAAUAUCGAGGAUGA